GGGAGAAGGACCUUUAUUGGCCAUCAGCUUGGUGGAGUCAUGGAGCUGCCAAACAGCAAGGAUCAAAGGGUCAAGUCAGCCAGAGCUGUCCAAAUCACUUACUACCUCCAGACUUACCAUUCUGCAGCCCAGGACCUCAUUGGUGAGAAGUGGGAGAAUGAAUUCUGCAAACUGAUACACAAGCUGCAGCUCCAUCACAAGGAUCUACAGCUGCAUUCUCUGGCAUCCUUUAGUUUGUGGAGGGACUUUCACAAGACCAGCUUCCUAGCCAAGGGCAAGAUCUUAGUGAGCCUCAUGCUUGUUCUGUUGGUGGCCAUCCUCUCCAGCUCCAUGAAAGAUUGCCUUCGCAGCAAGCCAUUUCUUGGACUCUUGGGAGUACUCACAAUCUGUAUCUCCAGUGUUACUGCUGCAGGGAUAUUUUUCAUUACUGAUGGAAAAUAUAAUUCGACUCUGUUGGGAAUCCCUUUCUUCGCAAUGGGUCAUGGAACCAAAGGAGUAUUUGAGCUUCUGUCGGGAUGGCGUCGAACCAGAGAAAAUUUGCCAUUUAAAGACAGGGUUGCUGAUGCCUAUUCAGAUGUAAUGGUUUCCUACACCAUGACAAGCUCCUUGUACUUCAUAGCCUUUGGCAUGGGUGCCAGUCCUUUCACCAACAUCGAGGCUGUGAAAGUUUUCUGCCAGAACAUGUGCAUCUCCAUCCUGUUGAACUACUUCUACAUCUUCUCAUUCUUUGGCUCCUGUCUGGUGUUUGCUGGGCAGCUGGAGCAGAAUCGUUACCAUAGUAUCUUCUGCUGUAAAAUCCCCUCCGCAGAGUAUCUGGAAAGGAAACCUGUUUGGUUCCAAACCAUGAUGAGUGAUGGGCAUCAGCAGUCUUCUCAUCUGACUGACCCAUACCAGAACCACUUUAUCCAGCAUUUUGUAAGGGAGCAUUACAAUGAAUGGAUCACUAAUAUCUAUGUUAAGCCAUUUGUGGUGAUACUGUAUCUCAUUUAUGCUUCUUUCUCUUUUAUGGGCUGCCUGCAAAUCAGUGAUGGGGUCAAUGUUAUCAAUUUGCUUUCUAGUGAUUCUCCGAGUGUGUCCUAUGCUGUUAUUCAACAGAAGUACUUCAGCAAUUAUAGUCCAGUGAUAGGAUUUUAUAUCUAUGAACCACUUGAGUACUGGAAUGGCACUGUCCAAGAUGACCUAAAGAAACUGACUGAAGGCUUCAACACACUGUCCUGGCUUCAACAAUAUUACCAGUAUUUGAGAGCUGGGAAUAUCUCCACAACCAAUAAAAGUGACUUCCUUAGCAUCCUCCAAAACUCCUUUUUAAGAAAGUCUGAGUUUCAACACUUUAAAAAUGAUAUCAUUUUCUCCAAGACUGGGAAUGGAAAUAACAUUAUUGCUUCCCGUAUGUAUCUUGUAGCUAGGACUAGUGAAAAAACACAAAGCGAUGUUAUAGAAUUAUUGGAGAAACUCAGACCAUUGUCCCUGAAACAGAGCAUCAAGUUCAUUGUCUUUAACCCUACUUUUGUCUUCAUGGACCAGUACAGCCUCUCAGUAAUUAUGCCCGUCUUGAUCUCAAGUUUUGGCAUCUUGCUGGUCUUGCUACUUACAUUCUUCCUUGUUAUUCACCCUCUGGGGAAUUUCUGGUUAAUUCUCACUGUCACCUCAAUAGAGUUGGGUGUCCUGGGCUUGAUGACUUUAUGGAAUGUAGACAUGGAUUGCAUUUCUAUAUUGUGCCUUAUUUACACUUUGAAUUUUUCCAUAGAUCACUGUGCACCCCUGCUUUACACAUUUGUACUAGCAACUGAGCAUACCAGAACUCAGUGUAUAAAAAGUUCACUCCAAGAACACGGAACAGCAAUUUUGCAAAAUGUUACAUCUUUUCUUAUUGGGUUGGUCCCCCUCCUUUUUGUGCCUUCAAACUUGACCUUCACACUGUUCAAAUGCUUGCUGCUCACUGGCAGUUGCACACUUCUGCACUGUUUUGUUAUUUUACCUGUCUUCCUAACGUUCUUCCCACCGUCCAAAAAACACCACAAGAAAAAGAAACGAGCCAAACGAAAGGAGCGAGAAGAAAUUGAAUGUAUUGAAAUUCAAGAAAAUCCUGACCAUGUGACAGCAGUCUGAAAGUCAAAUAAAAAUAGGUGGGUUUUUUAGUACUGAAAAAAAAAUGUUACACGGAGCUGCAAGGAAAGUAAAGAUCUCCACUGCUUGUGCUGGCCCCUGCGAAGCAAGACAAAGGAAGCCCAAGGAAGGAGCAUAUAUGAUCCAUGGAGGUGAACGUUAAAGUAAUAACCAUUCAAAAAAGAAAAGACGUGAGAGAGGGGGUAAAAAUUCCUCCAAAAAGUUUCUCCUUUUAAUCCUAUGACUUCACUGAGGGGAAUUAGCAGUUGAGAUAUAUAUAUGUUAUGUUUGUGCUGAUAAAUAAAUAAAGGAAGACUAGGAUAGAUCUAUUUCAAGCUAU